CCGCUUUCCAUGCCUCCUCCAUGCAGAGCGCCUCGCGGCCUUAAUCGACGACGGAGUCUCCCAGAUUUGAAUACAUGACAUCCACUGACUACGGGCUAGACACUUCCAUCCGAAAUACUCGUCCCUGCCGAGUCUGUUCCGAUUGUAUAGCCUUCUUGGAACCGUAUAAGAACCUCUGGACCAGAAUUUACCAAAAUACUCUACGCAGUCUUCGCCGUUGCUGUUGCCGUUGCUGUUGUCCUGCUUGGAAUGCUAGACAAUCGCAUGAUCAUGAAACUUGUUAGCAUAUUCGGUCUCAAUUCUCCUUCAGAUACGCCACAGUCAAUAUCUACCACGCGUCGGGCUCGACCCGCUACCCAAUAUUCCUCAGCGCCAUCGAACCUGAAGCUGCCUUCAACUGGUGUGCAGGAAGACGGAGAACCAGAAGCUUACUAUCCUCCGCUCACCGCUCCACCGGAACCCGUGGGGUCAUCAGUAGCGCCCUUUCAAAGAAGGGAACGCAUUUUGUUUUACAACAAAAAUGAACCUUACUACGAAUUCACGAAUUUCUCGCCGCACGACGUUGUCUACGCUGGGAAGAGAUACCCAACCAGCGAGCAUCUUUUUCAAUCUUUCAAAUUUUUGGACUCCCAGCCAGCCAUCGCGGAGCACAUCCGCAAGUGUGGGGACAGGCCAAGCGCCGUGUUCGACGAAGCUCAUCGUCACCAGAAAUGGGUUCGAUCCGAUUGGAGACAAGUAAACGUUGAGAAGAUGGAAGUCACACUUCGGCUCAAGUUCACUCAGCAUAAAGAUCUAAAGGCCUUGCUUCUUGGCACUGGUGAUGCUGAGCUAGUUGAGGACUCCCCAAAGGACUUCUUUUGGGGGAUAGGUGUUGAUGGCUCUGGACGCAAUGAGCUGGGAAAAGCACUCGAGAGAGUACGCGAUGAGCUUCGGCACGAUAACAAACCAAGUAGGGUGCCCCCGGUCAAGCGCGACACGUCUCGAUUUUCGUUGCAAGACCUAUCGUCGCUGGUUGUGGCGGCAGCGCCCCAACCUCCGAUCCAAGCAUCGCAACGCCGCUCCGUUGUUUCCAUAAGUAUGGGAAUCAACCCGCCCUCAGCAGUACUACCUCAACCUCAAUUCCAAGCGCCUCAGCGUUUCUCCAUUGUUCCCACAGGCAUGGCAGUCAGUCCGCAGUCAGCGUCUCCUCUUGACACUGGCCUUUGCGAGUUUUGCCAGCUGAAACCGAAAUAUCAACACCAUCCUUACUGUGGUAGGACAUGCGCUAAACAAGCAGCGACCAUGUGCAACCAUUGUCGCAGCAAACCAAAGUACGGCAAGCAUCCUUACUGUUCAAGGACUUGCGCGGUGCAAGCCGGAAAGGCAACCUAGGCUUCAAAAAAUCUUCCCGUUUGGAUAAUUCGUACUGUAAGAUUAUACUGGGUCGUUUACGAGUCCAUAUUUGUUAUCUAUUAAUGAUUCUCUGUCUGCGGACACCCAAUUA